GCUGAAAAUAACCUCGGUAGCAGUCUUAAACCUAAGGAAAAUAUAUUAAAGUAAAUAGUAAAAGAAGGCUCACGUAAAGUAGAACAAUCCUUAUAAUGGGAAAUAUAAAAAAUGAUUCAAAAAAUUAUGUAGAGUAUAGUGUUGUUAAAGAUGACAUAAAAACCGAUAUUGAACAGGAUUAUGACAAAGCUCCAGGAUUUGGAAAAAGACACAUACAAGUGCUACUUUAUUUUUUAUUUUUAUUCAUUGGAUAUGGAUUCAGGGUAAACUUAUCUGUCGCUAUAGUAGCAAUGACUGACCCCAAAGCAAGUAUUAAUCCUGAUGUACCGACUUACCCACAAUGGACCCAAAAAGGUGCCAUUCUCUCAGCGUUUUUCUGGGGAUACAUUUGGCCUCAAAUCCUGGCCGGUUACAUGGCAAGCCGCUUUGGAGGCAAAUGGUUUUUAACAAUAUUUUUCGGAAUACAAUCUGUUAUUGGGUUUUGUACACCAUUUAUAGCAGCAAGGUUUGGGGAAAUAGGCAUGAUGGUGAUGAGGACAUGCCAAGGGUUAUGCCAAGGAUUUCUGUUUCCUACAAUAACACACCUGCUUAGUCAAUGGGUACCCCAUGAAGAAAGAGCUAGAAUGGCAAAUUAUGCUUUUAGCUCCGUACCCUUUGGUACCGUUAUUGGAAUUUUAUUAACUGGAAUUAUCUCAGAGUCACGAUACGGAUGGCCGAUGGUAUAUUAUAUUUAUGGUAUUAGUGGCAUUUUUAUAGUUAUUUCGUUUAUUAUCUUUGGAUAUAAUAGUCCUGCAGAUCAUCCGAAGAUUAGUGAAUCUGAAAGAAAUUUCAUUGAAAAAAGUCUGGGACACACCAAUGAAAAAUCUUCGCAUAAAGUACCAUGGAAAUCAAUUUUUACAUCGAAACCGGUAUUUGCUCUUCUAUGUGUUCAGUGUGGAUUUAUAUUUGGAUUUUGGGUUUUACUGAGUCAGAUUCCAACCUUCAUGAAACAUGUUUUAAAUUUUAAUAUUAAGAGUAAUAGUAUUUUAUCAUGUCUGCCAUAUUUUAUGCUUUUCCUGUUUGGUUUUCCAUUGGCCUUCUUAUCAGAUUAUAUAACUAAUAAUGGGUAUAUUUCCCAAACCAACUCCAGGAAAUUGUUUAACUUUUUGGGACUCUUCUUACCAUCAAUAGCUCUUGUAAUGGUAGGCUAUGUAAGACCAGACCAAGCUACAAAAGCUGUGUGGUUGCUUAUUUUAGCUGUAAGUUUAGGAUCUCUUACAAAUUGUGGAUGGGCUGUAAAUCAUAUGGACUUAUCUCCAAACUUUGCCGGUCCCCUAAUGGGGAUUUGCAAUGGUGCUGCAAAUAUUAUGGCUAUAUUUGCUCCUUUAAGUGUGCAGUUUUUGGUUAAAGAUAUACAAGAUCCUCGUCAGUGGAGGAUAAUAUUUUAUAUAGCAGCAACAAUUCAGAUCUUGGCUGGUAUUAUAUUUCAGAUAUGGGGUUCUGCAGAGGUUCAACCAUGGAAUGAACCAGAUAAGAGCAAACGAGACAGCAAAAAUGAAGAAAACAUAAAAUUAAAAAAUAAACAAUAAAUACUAUAACUGUGAUAAUCACAUUUUAAUAUAUUAUAUUACUUUAA